GGUCUCGAGAAAGCAUAGGUAGAAGAAGAAUGUCUGAGAAUUCUACUCCUUCCAAUAACUCAGCACUUUCAGGUCGCGCUUUCUUCAUUUUCCUUCUCCCAUUUCCACGGGAUAACAAAAAAAUGAUUCGUUUUGCUGCAUCAUGACAUGACAGGACCCGGCAAGCAGAACUGGGCUGCGUCUCCUUCAACAAUUUUCAACCACUUCGCCACCAGUGGACUUUCCGUCGCAGUUGCAACUUCAAUCACUCACCCUCUAGUGCAGAUGUAUUGAAAGUAAGGCUGCAAAUGCAACUUGUUGGCCAGAAAGGUCCUUUGACUGGAAUGGGACAAAUAUUUUUAAAUGUCAUGAAGAAUGAAGGACCAAAGUCUUUAUAUCUGGGUUUGACACCUGCAUUAACAAGGUCAGUUGUUUAUGGAGGACUACGCUUGGGUUUGUAUGAACCCUCUAAGCAUGCCUGUGAUAUUGCUUUUGGCUCCUCCAAUGUUUUAGUUAAAAUUGCUUCGGGAAUGUUUGCUGGGGCUAUUUCAACUGCGCUGACGAAUCCAAUGGAAGUUCUCAAGGUGCGUCUGCAAAUGAAUCCAGACAUGAGAAAGAGCGGACCGAUUUUAGAGCUUCGAAGGACUGUAUCUGAAGAGGGAGUCAAAGCUCUGUGGAAGGGAGUGGGCCCUGCCAUGGCCAGAGCAGGUGCCUUGACUGCAUCCCAGUUGGCUACAUAUGAUGAAACUAAGCAGAUUUUAGUCCGGUGGACAUCUCUUAAAGAAGGAUUUCAUCUACAUUUGAUCUCAAGCACAGUUGCAGGCAUACUGAGCACCCUCAUAACAGCACCCAUGGAUAUGGUUAAAACACGUCUCAUGUUGCAACGAGCAUCCACGGGUGCUAGAAUCUAUAAAAAUGGAUUUCAAUGUGCAUACCAGGUCCUUCUUACAGAGGGCCCAAGGGCACUUUACAAAGGGGGCUUUGCAAUAUUUGCAAGAUUAGGGCCACAAACCACAAUUACAUUUAUAUUAUGUGAGGAGCUAAGGAAACAUGCUGGAUUGGAGGCAAUCUAGUUACAGGAGCCUCCACCAACUAGGCUAGUGCCUACACCAACUGACUAAAUAUUGAUUCUUGAAGUGCUGAGGAACUACUGUAAACAAGGCCUGACUGGGUGAAUUCUUGUAGAUAGUUAUUCUCUUUUCGCAAUGGUGAUUUAAUGCAUUCCCCAGAAUACCAGAUCGCAUUUUCGCAACUAUGCAAACGGUAGUAAAAGAUUCAUCUAUCCAAGCAUCUGGUUGUCAUGUUUUUCUGCUUAUUUCCCAUUUCAUGGAGUGUCUAUUUGUACUUAAAUGGAAGGAGUACAUACUCUUGUAGCACUGUAAGUUUUUCCAGUGGCGCUGACCAGUUAGAGCUCCACAAUUGAAUUAAGUAGAAAAAAUAAAAUGGGUCCCCUCUAACCCAAAGGAAAAAGAAAAGGAAGGGACCAGUCAUUUGUUGGUUUUAACCAUAAGUAUCAUAGGCAAUCUUAUUCGACCCAUGUGUGGGAAAGGUAAUUUGAUAUCAAGAUUUAUUUUCUCUCUCGAGUAGUGCUUCCUUUGAGAGAAAAUAUUACCAUUUCUUUUCUGUUGUUGUAUUA